CCUGCCUGGGCAAGUCCUACCUUCUCUGCUUCCUGCUGUAAGACUGUCAUCUUGUAGUAGCACAGAGUUAGCUCUAGGAUUCAACCAUGCCACUCGAUAGAUUUCCUGGCUGGCUGUUUGCUGUGACCUGUGGGCUCCUGCUUCUCCUCCUCCACGUGCAUGGCAAGGACUCAGGCAGCCCCAUCAGGAACACACACACAGGGCAGGUGAGAGGAAGCCUUGUCCAUGUGAAAGAUGGUGAACUUGGUGUCCACACCUUCCUGGGGAUUCCCUUUGCCAAGCCACCUGUGGGACCACUGCGCUUUGCUCCCCCUGAAGCCCCUGAACCAUGGAGUGGUGUGAGAGAUGCAACCUCUGAGCCAGCCAUGUGUCCACAGACUGAUGCAAUGAGUUUGAUGUUUGCGAAGGAGAUAAAUCUGAUCAUGCCUCCUAUGUCUAUGUCUGAGGACUGCCUGUAUCUCAACAUCUACACACCAACGCAUGCCCGUGAAGGAUCUAACCUGCCUGUGAUGGUAUGGAUUCAUGGUGGUGCACUUGUUUGGGGAAUGGCUUCCAUGAACGAUGGAUCCAUACUGGCUGCUACUGAGGAUAUAGUAAUUGUUGCUAUCCAAUAUCGCUUGGGUGUCCUUGGCUUCUUCAGCACUGGAGACAAACACGCUACGGGCAACUGGGGCUACCUGGACCAAGUGGCUGCCCUACGCUGGGUCCAACAGAAUAUUGUCUACUUUGGAGGCAACCCUGGCCAGGUCACCAUUUUCGGUGCUUCAGCAGGAGGCACAAGUGUGUCUUCACUUGUUGUGUCCCCCAUGUCGAAAGGACUCAUCCACAGAGCCAUCAUGCAGAGUGGAGUGGCCCUGCUGCCUGACCUGAUCUCUGACACACCCGAGGUGGUCCACACGGUGAGUGUCCUCAUCAAUUCCAGUCCUUACUUUGCUACCUCAGUCCUUGCCUCUACAACUGUCUUCACUGAGGAGGAGGAGCUGCUGAGCAGGAGAAUGAUGAAGUACUGGACCAACUUUGCAAGACAUGGGAACCCAAACAGCGAGGGGCAAACUGACUGUCCAGUGAUGAACAAUAAUGAGAAGUACCUGCAGCUGGACAUCCAGCCUGCUGUGGGCCAAGCCCUGAAGGCCAGAAGGCUGCAGUUCUGGACUCAGACUCUGCCCCAGAAGAUCCAGGAGCUAAAGGGGUCUCAGGAUAAUUACAAAGAGUAG